AUGGCGGAACGAAGAGCGGAGUGGCUGUUUGUACAUGGCAAAAGAGAUGGCAAGUCUAGGCAGCCUGCAACUCCUCGCCAUUUCAAGCGUCGGUUCUUGACAGCUGGCGUCUCCAAAUCUUUGGCGGCAGCUGAAGCCGAUGCUAAGUCUUUCCAAGUUCUCAAUCAGUAUGCUCAUAAUGCCGGUCGCGUCACGGUUUUCCGGAAGGACCUGAGGUUGUUCAAGGCUCGGAUGCAGAACCCUUCUUCGAGGGCACCCAUGAGUGAUUCCACUUGCCAUCAGGGCGUUUAG